AUAUAAAAAAUAAAAAAAAGAAACUAAAAACGAAAAAGAAAAAGAAAAAUCCAAAGGAAUUAAAUUACCUUGUAAAAGCCAUGGUUUUAGUUUAUAUAUUACCAAGUCAGUCAUCACACCAGGCCAGAAUAUUUUUGCAUUGGUGCUAAUACUAAUACGCGUUCUUUUUCUUUUUUUUCUUCCCAGCCCGAGUUGAUUCGAUAUAAAUUAUACACACACAUAUAUAUAUAUAUAUAUUAAAAAAAAAAGAAGAAGAAGAGAAAGACAGGGCCUUGUCUGAAGCUUUACAGGUCGUCGGCUCGUCUUAAUGUAAAUGUAAAUGAAAUAGGAUUAGGAUUAGGAAGAGUGGAGAGAGAGAUUGGAGUUUGAAUAAAAAAGAGUAAGAGACACAAGGGCGAUGGCAGAAGGGGGUACGACGUUGGAGUACACGCCCACCUGGGUGGUCGCUCUGGUUUGCACUGUCAUUGUUUUCAUUUCUCUCACCGUUGAGAGGAUCAUUCACUACACCGGAAAGUAUCUGAAGAAAAAGAACCAAAAGCCCCUGUUCGAAGCAUUGCUAAAGGUCAAAGAAGAGUUGAUGCUGUUAGGGUUCAUAUCGCUGCUGCUAACGGUGUUUCAAAACCGCAUCGCCAAAAUAUGCAUCAGCGAAGAUCAGGCCAAGCAGUGGCUACCUUGCAGCAACGACAAAGACGACUCUUCAUCUAAGACUACUCAUCACUUUCAGACCCUUUUCGCUACUGUCCCACGUCUUCUUGCCGAGGCUUCCUCUUCCUCUUCCUCUUCUGAUGAGUACUGUUCAGAAAAGGGAAAGGUUCCGCUGUUGUCCACUACAGCACUCCACCAUCUUCAUAUCUUCAUCUUUGUGUUAGCCGUCGUCCAUGUCACGUUCUGUGCUUUAACUAUUCUUUUUGGAGGGAUACAGAUAAGUCAAUGGAAAAAAUGGGAGGAUUCUAUCUCAAAAAAGGGACCCUACAAUCCAGAAGAGGCUCUAAAAACAAAGUUCACGGACGUCCAAGAUCACGAUUUUAUCAGAGGUCGCUUUCUGGGCAUUGGGAAGAAUUUAGCUUUUUUAAGUUGGGUGCAUUCAUUUUUCAAGCAAAUUUUUGGAUCUGUGACGGAAGCUGAUUAUAUGACUUUAAGGCUAGGCUUUAUCAUGACUCAUUGCAGAGGAAAUCCAAAAUUUAAUUUCCACAAGUACAUGAUUCGUGCCCUUGAAGCAGAUUUUAAAAAAGUUGUCGGAAUAAGUUGGUAUUUGUGGUUGUUUGUGGUGUUCUUUUUGUUGCUGAAUGUAUCCGGUUGGCACGCAUAUUUUUGGUUGGCAUUUGUACCUUUGAUUCUUCUGCUUGCUGUUGGCACUAAGUUGGAGCAUGUAAUUACCCAAUUGGCCCAUGAAGUUGCUGAGAAACAUGUAGCAAUUGAAGGAGAUUUGGUAGUUAAACCAUCAGAUGAUCACUUUUGGUUUCAUAGACCUCGCCUUAUUCUCUUACUCAUUCAUCUCAUCCUUUUCCAAAAUUCCUUCGAACUUGCAUUUUUCUUCUGGAUUUGGGUUCAAUAUGGAUUUGACUCUUGCAUAAUGGGUCAGGUCGGCUAUAUUAUUCCCCGACUAGUCAUUGGGGGAUUUGUUCAGUUUCUUUGUAGUUACAGUACCUUGCCUCUGUAUGCCAUUGUCACACAGAUGGGAAGUUCAUUCAAGAAAGCUAUUUUCGAAGAACACAUACAAGAGGGACUAGUUGAUUGGGCUCGCCAGGCAAAGAAGAACAAAGGAAUGAGAAGGGCUUCAAAUGGCUCUAGCCAAGUGGGUCCUAAAGAGGGUAGCUCUAGUACUAGCACAGGAGGAGUGGUAGUUGAGUUGGCAAAUGUUGGGGACCAACAUUCUCAGCCGGAACGACGCCUUUUAGGAGAAAUUCACCCUGCAACUCUUCGCUCGUAGUUCCAUUCCAUUACACAAGAAAAGAAAUAAGUUUGUCAUCCUUGUGUUUGACUAUGGAUUUAUCGUUACUUUAAAAUGUAUUUUAUAAAUAUACAUAUAUAAAAUAUAUACGGUGCAUUUUAUACAUGAUGAACUUUAUUUCACUUGUGCUUUUUAUAUAAAGUGUAGAUUUAGUGAAGAGAAUUAAUACAUGGAGAGUUAAAUUUCUAA